AUGUCUUCACCCUCUCCAUCCAUGUACCUCAUUUUAUUAGGCUCUCCGGAGGGUUGGGAGCUGGAUUUGAAGAGGUGGCUGGAGCUGGCUGCUGCGGGCCCCGACGGCGGAGCCCCCGGCGGUUCCCCGGAGCGGCGGGGCCGCGAGGCGCGGUCGCGGCUGCUGGUGCUGGAGCAGGAGCUGAAGGCCGUCACCUACUCGCUGCUGAAGCGGCUGAAGGAGCGCUCGCUGGACAGCCUGCUGGAGGCGGUGGAGUCCCGCGGGGGCAUGCCGAGCGGCUGCGUGCUGGUGGCCCGCACCGAGGUGCGCCUGGGGGGCCAGGCGGCUCCCCCCCACCUCCUGCUGGGCAAACUGUUCCGCUGGCCCGACCUGCAGCACCCCGCCGAGCUCAAGCCCCUCUGCGAGUGCCAGAGCUUCGGCGUCGCCGACGGCCCCACCGUCUGCUGCAACCCCUACCACUUCAGCCGCCUCUGUGGGCCAGAGUCUCCACCACCUCCUUACUCUCGGCUGUCUCCUAAUGAUGAGCAAAAGCCACUGGAUCUAUCGGAUUCCACGUUGUCUUACACUGAAACAGAGGCUACAAACUCGCCCAACGUCACGCCCGGAGAGUUCUCAGAUGCCAGCACGUCGCCCGAUGCCGUGAAAAGGAGCCAUUGGUGCAACGUGGCCUACUGGGAGCACCGGACGCGCGUCGGCCGCCUCUACACAGUGUACGAACAGUCUGUCAGUAUAUUUUAUGACCUACCUCAAGGAAACGGCUUCUGCCUCGGACAGCUAAACCUGGAAAACAGGAGCGAGACUGUGAGAAGGACUCGAAGUAAAAUCGGAUACGGGAUUUUACUUAGCAAAGAACCGGACGGUGUGUGGGCUUACAAUCGCAGCGAGCAUCCCAUCUUUGUCAACUCCCCGACACUGGACAUCCCCAACUGUAGGACUUUGAUAGUGCGCAAGGUGAUGCCGGGCUAUUCCAUCAAGGUGUUUGACUACGAGAAGUCCUGCCUCUUGCAGCACACCGCUGAGCUGGAUUACGCGGACGGGCCCUACGACCCCAACAGCGUGCGGAUCAGCUUCGCCAAGGGCUGGGGGCCCUGUUACUCGAGACAGUUCAUCACGUCGUGUCCGUGUUGGCUGGAGAUUUUGCUCAGUAACAAUCGAUAACGGUCAGCCUCUGACGAAAGGAAAAUAAAAAAAAGACACAGACUAUCCCAAAUAUCACCUACCUAGAUUUAAUAUAAAGUUUUAUAUAUUAUAUGAAAAUAUAUAUUAUACUUGUAA